UCAAUGUUUUGCCGCUGAUGCCAAGAAUUGUCAUUUUACCCAAGAGGGUCCUGAUGACAUCACAUCCCCCCAAAGAGAGAGACAGCCUCCCAAGCCAAGGUAAAAAAAAGAUAAUCUCAAUGUGCUUCACUGUCUCUGAGGACAGACACACCAGGAGAAGAUGGCUGGGUCAUCUCAUGCUCUGAGUAGAAGCCCCAAUAGCAACGGCAUCAAACUCAGCAGUGUCUGGCUUCUGACAGACUAAGAAAAGGACCUUCUUUGCAAAGCUGUAAUAAAAAAAAACCCUCACACAGAAACGAAAUCAACAGGAAAGUCAAGAAGAAAUAAAUAAAUCAAACACCAGCCCAGCCCCUGGCACUCUAGUGAAAUGCUUCUUUCCAUGCAUGCAAAGGUCCAGGAAGCAUCACCCAUUCCCAUGUGCAAGUGGUCACCUGGAGGCAGCAGCAAGGGCCCUCUGGUGAAGUAUAAAAGGGUUUUUUUAAAGAGCAGAAUACCCUGUGGUUAAAGAAGAGAACCACAAGUUUUAAAGACAAAGAAAAGGCAAAACACUCACUUGUGCAAGUGGCAGUCUCAACAGGUUCCAGUUCCUAGACCAGCAACCUUGCAUGAAAAGGCUUUUGCUGAGCAAUAACCAUGAAGAACAGAACAAAGUGCAAUGAGAAAAAUAAAGACUCAUCUGUGUGCCAGAAACCUGUGCUUGGAGACAGACAAUACAUGUGGAUCUACACCAUGAACACCUGGGUCACUGUGGCUCUGCCACACACGCAACAAUCCAUGAAUGUGCUCAGGAGAAAGAGGCAGAAUCCCUGCCAAGAAAAGUGUUCCAAAGCCUGCACCAAAGGAUGGGGCUGGUCUGUAUCUUCUGCACAGAAGCUGUGGGGAGGGAGCAGCAGGCUGUGGUGGCUGAUCCUAUCUCAGCCAUGGGCAGCACCUCUCUGGAUCUCUAGGGAAGUCACCCAGAAAAAAAAUCCUUGAGGCAUUCUAAGAAAUGAUGAGGUUAAAGAGACCCAGAUUCUGGACUUGAAUUGAAUGCAUCCUGAUGUUGGGGUCCUGAUGACAUCACAUCCUCCCCAAAGAGUGACACAGCCUCCCAAGCCAAGUGACAAAGAUCAUCUCAGCUCUGCUGCACCAGCCCCAAGCACAGACACCCCAGGAGAAGAUGGACACGUCUCCUGCCCUGCUCCUGCUGCUGGCUCUGGGAUUCUGCUGCCCUGGGAUUUUUGGCCAGUCACUUCAGAUAAAGGUCAGAUCUCCCGUGGACAUCAACCAGCUCCGGGUGGGACAGAAGCUGGAGCUGGAGUGUCAGACUGACAAGGACAGUGGUACAUUCUGGAUCCACCAGGACAAGAGUGGGAACCUUCACACCAUCGUCUUCAUCAAUUCCAUUUCUCGAGUCACAUUUCAGGGGAAUCAGAAAUGGUCAUCUCGCUUUCAGGCGAGCAAACACAACACAGUCUAUCAUUUGGCAGUGAAAUCUUUCACGCCGCAGGACCAGGGGAAAUAUUUCUGCGUGAUGAAUUUGAACCAAAAGCUGCACUUCAGCCCUGGCCAGCCUGUCUUCCUUCCAGGUCAGCAACACCUUCACCCAACCUCACUCAGUCCUGCCAAAAUGCCCAGCACCUCCUGCCCAUGCCCUUUUCAACCAGCCAUCCCUCCUACAAACCCCAUUUCCCUGCUUGCUUGCCCAAGGCAUCCUGUACCCAACCCACUGGUCCUCCUGCCAGAGGCUCCCUGCUUCCCACCUCUCCCCCUGGGACUGCCCCUGCCCAAAGGCAAACAUGUUUGGGCAGACCCAGCAUCAUCUCCCCAUCCCCACUGCUCCAGCCCACCCAUGUGCUCUGAAGGGAGAAGACUAAAGCCAAGUCCACCACCACCCCCUCCUUCCUCAGCACACACAGCUCCCAAAAGUAUUACCAAGCUCAGGGGGCUCAGGCUUUGUGAGGAUGGUGUCAGAAAGUGAGAAACAAGGAGGCUGCAGCUCCCUCUUGGCUCUUGGGAGACCCCAUCCAAACUUGGCUCCAAGAAGUUCCCCCCAGAGCUGAGGCCUUUGCUGUGCACAGGAACAGCUGUGCCCAGGUAGGAGAGCAGAAGGGCAGCAGAGAUCUGUUUUAUUUUAUUUCCCUGCAUGCUGAAUUCAUCCAUUUCACUUACAGCCACCACUGCAGGAGAACCCACCACCCAGUGGGGCAUCACCAAAAAGGACUUGUUCCUGAAGACACCAGAUCCAGGUAGCCUGGAUGCAGGGAGGGAGAGGGGAAGAGCUAGACCCUUGUCCAUUGAUACCAAGGAGAAUCCUGCAGAUAUUUCGGGAUGGGGGAAGAGUGAAAAUCCAUACAGCUUUAGCAGAGUUGUUAGGAUUAAAUUCCAUCAUUUCAUCUCCCAUAGGAAAGGCUAAGGAUGAUGUAAAAAGCAUGAGCAGAUCCCAUGCCUGGGCAUCUUUUGCACUAAAAUGUUAAGAAGCAAUUGCAAGUAUCAGUGCAGCAGUGAGAAGGGAACGUGCCAAGAGCAACUCCAGCCCUGCAUGCAUACACCUCUAGCAAAUCAUGCAAGUUCAGGGCAAACUGGCUGGGUUUGUGGUUGAG